AUGACAGCACCUUUUUCCUCUCUUCCUUACCGGGAGGGCAAUCUUAUCUUAUGGCCUUCACCUCCAGCCCGGCCCGGAAAUAGAACCCAGCCCCCUUCUGAUCCAUUCAUUUCUGCAAGCAGGGAGGAUCCAGAGCUAAGCCCCCCUCCUAUUCGAGGUCGGGUGGCCUCGCCCCACAAGCACCUAACCUUCCUUUUGCUCUUCCUUCGGCUGGUCGGAACGAUCAGGGUGCUCCCCUACGAUCUUAGGCAAGCUGGUCGGAACGAUCAGGAUCAUUUUAUUUGUUUUUCAUCGAAAACGAAGAAGGCCGAGGAUGGCUACGGUGCGUGUUAUCUGAAGGGAACACGCUUUUUCGACCGCGGUGGUAUGAUUGCCGGGCCCUCUCCUCGUUCCGCCCGCUGGCCUAUUGGGAUAGCUGCCUUCGGGCUUUGCCUGCCCUUUAUAAUAAAGAAUUCCGGCUCGGCCCGGGAAAGCGCUGGCAACAACAGAAAGGAAGGGGUCCAUGUAGCUGCUGCGCCCGCCCCCUUCUUAGUCAAUGGGGCAGCAGGUUCGGCAUCUACUAUAAAAGAGAGAAUCCACUUCAGAUAACCACGCCUCUGCUAGGCAGCGUGUGGAAUGGCCGAGAGCGACCUUUUUGGAUAUAUAAUCCAAGUCGAGAGUGGAGUUACGGGAACAGGUCUGAUGGAAAACGACUUUCGUUCGGUUCAGAGAGCACUUUUUUCGUUGAGAAUUCCUCGUUCCCUUUCGUGUGAAUUCUACAGCCGAAUUAAAAACUUGUGGGGCCCUAUCUAUUCCAUCUCUCGAGCCCCGAAGAAAAGCCCCCUCCCCUUCGGACUCCAUAUCUCUUUUGACUCUUAUAUGUGGGCACCUGAUAUCUAUGAGGGUUCACCCACCCCGGUUACAGCAUUCCUUUCUAUUGCGCCUAAAAUCUCUAUUUCUGCUAAUAUUUCACGUGUUUCUAUUUAUGGUUCCUAUGGAGCUACAUUGCAACAAAUCUUCUUUUUCUGCAGCAUUGCUUCUAUGAUCUUAGGAGCACUGGCCGCCAUGGCCCAAACGAAAGUAAAAAGACCUCUAGCUCAUAGUUCAAUUGGACAUGUAGGUUAUAUUCGUACUGGUUUAUCAUGUGGAACCAUAGAAGGAAUUCAAUCACUACUAAUUGGUAUCUUUAUUUAUGCAUCAAUGACGAUAGAUGCAUUCGCCAUAGUUUUAGCAUUACGGCAAACCCGUGUCAAAUAUAUAGCGGAUUUGGGCGCUCUAGCCAAAACGAAUCCUAUUUCGGCUAUUACCUUCUCCAUUACUAUGUUCUCAUACGCAGGAAUACCCCCGUUAGCCGGCUUUUGUAGCAAAUUCUAUUUGUUCUUCGCCGCUUUGGGUUGUGGGGCUUACUUCCUAGCCCCAGUGGGAGUAGUGACUAGCGUUAUAGGUCGUUGGGCGGCCGGAAGGUUGCCACGAGUCAUUUUGGGGGACCGGAGGCAGCAGUUCUCCGUGCACCGGACACGUAGCUUACCGAAUCAGUUGCGACACGGAUGGGAAUGCAUGCUACGAAAGAUAGGGUCGAGUCUGAUACAUCAACUCUACUCAAUAUCCUUGUACGAGUCCACAAUCACUACACGAGAUGAACCUUGGUUUGGUGAAUUGAAGUUGGCCUUAGGUGUAAUAGGACUCCCAGUUACUGCGCGCGAUCGUAUACUGAGGUGCUCCCCGCCGGUUGUUGGAACGACGCGAGCCGGGCCGGGCCCCGAUUCAGAAAGAUGAAGGGCCAAAAAGUAUAAAUAGGGGGUUAAAAAUUCCCCAUCUCAUUGGGGGCGGAAAACGAAUCGGCAUCUCGAUGUGAUACAGCCUUUUCUAUUUGAGUUGGGAAAGAACGGCGAAGUCCAUCCGAACCGUCCAAUGAAGAAUAAGAGGAGAGCAAAGCGCCAAUGGCGCGCGAAGCGCAUGCGGAACGGGCACGGAAAAAAAGAAAGAAGUGUGGAGGGUGGUCGUAGAUCAGUAGGGCUCAUUCCCUUCGCUUCCUGGGCCCAAAGCAGUGCAGUCUUUCCUGGCCAAAUCAAGGAUUUGGGGCUUCUUGCUACGCUACUUAACUAUAUAAAUCCAUUUUCUUUAGUAAUAUAUAUGAAUAGAAAGAUAGAUCCAUCCAUCUAUCCUAUCCGAUUUAGAUUUUGAUAUCUAAAAAACAAUAGAUUUCAUUCAACGUUUGAUUCAAAGAACUGCGCUUAGCCCCCCCGCUCAUGAAACGGCUCUGCUGCAAUGGAUGGCAGAGGGUCCGUAGUACCCAAAGCACUGGAGUGAUCCAGUAGCCGGGAAGGGGCCUAGAAGUGCCUACUACUACACCACACUACACUUGGCUCUACACAUUUACAGAGCUAACCCCUGUCCAGUGCCUGGCAGAGCUAAGGGGGCUUCAAUCCUUACUCCUUAUCCCCAUCUUCGCCCAGGCUAACGGGGCCUUCCUUAUUCAGGGGGGAGAGUGGAGCCUCGAGAAGCACUGUUGAGAGGAAGAUCCUUGGCCCCUCUUCAUUCUCUACAGGGUUCCAAACCUUUCUUCAACAUAGGUGACAACGAGCAGGGCAGAGAUGGAAGAGAUCGAACACGGGAAUAAGAAGCAAGCUCGCCUUCCUUUUUGAUCAUUUUGAUAGAGGGGGAUGGAGAAAGUGGACAAAACAGACUCGCAUUUCCCAGUCGAGGGUUCCUUUUUCGUCUCGCAUUUCUGGAAAAGAAGAAUAUUGAAAACGCUCCUAACCCAACCCCUUCCUUCGUAGAGCCGUGUAUUGUAAGUGAUCCGAACCUGCCCGGAGUGAGCCCCCCAUAGAGGCAAGUGAAGUUGGUGAGCCGUAUGAUGGGCAACUAUCUCCUGCGGUUCGGAGAGGACUCAGCUGUUAGUUAGUACCCCCUUGGAUUCGGGGUGGACCCUUUCACUCUAUUUUAUUAUAUACGCUUCGCGAAAAGAAUGUUUUUUGAUACACCUAGGACAUGGAUUCUAUAUGAACCAAUGGAUCGUGACAAGUCGUUACUACUAGCAAUGACUUCCUCUUUCAUUACUUCAUCCUUUCUAUAUCCCUCUCCCUUGUUCUCAGUUACUCAUCAAAUGGCACUCAGUUCAUAUCUUUAAGUUCGAUCAUUGACAAGGUUCAAAGAAAGGGUGGGCCA